UCGAGUCCUCGUUCCCUCCUCGUUUCCCAUCUCACCAAAAGCAAAAGCAUCUUACUUUUCUCACUCUACGUUUCGCUCUGAAAGGAAAGCAGAGAUUUUCCAAGAACAAGACAGAGAAAACAUGGGUUAUGUUGGGUUCUUGGUUUUGGGUGUGGUCGGAGUAAUGGCCUCCGGUGUGAAUGGCGGCGGCGGUUGGGUCAACGCCCACGCCACUUUCUACGGCGGCGGUGAUGCUUCCGGCACAAUGGGCGGGGCGUGUGGGUACGGCAAUCUGUACAGCCAAGGAUACGGGAUGAACACGGCGGCGCUAAGCACGGCUCUGUUCAACAACGGGAUGAGCUGUGGGGCGUGUUUCGAGAUAAAGUGCGUGAGUGAUCCUAAAUGGUGUCUCCCUGGCUCCGUAGUGGUCACAGCCACUAACUUCUGCCCUCCAAACAACGCUUUACCCAACAACGCCGGUGGAUGGUGCAAUCCUCCCCAGCAACACUUUGAUCUCUCCCAGCCUGUCUUUCAGCGCAUUGCUCAGUACAGAGCUGGUAUUGUCCCUGUUUCUUACCGAAGAGUUCCAUGCAUGAGGAGGGGAGGGAUAAGGUUCACGAUCAAUGGGCACUCUUACUUCAAUCUCGUACUCAUCACAAACGUCGCCGGCGCCGGAGACGUGAACGCAGUGGCGAUAAAGGGAUCUCGGACAGGAUGGCAGCCGAUGUCGAGGAACUGGGGACAGAACUGGCAGAGCAACUCUUACCUCAACGGGCAGUCUCUGUCCUUCAAAGUCACCACCAGUGACGGCCGAUCCGUCGUCUCCUCCAACGUCGCUCCCUCCGGCUGGUCCUUCGGCCAGACCUUCACCGGUGCUCAGUUAGGCUGAUGGGGAAGAGGGCAUCUUCGUAAUUGUCAUUACCUUGCUCAUCUCUCUCGAGUUUUAAUAAAACAUAUGUAUGAAUUAAGAUGGCAAAAAAGUGAACGAGUAGCGUGGAGGGGUAUAUUAGUAACUUUAGUUCUCGUGCAAAGUACAGGUCACCGACGAUGAAUGACGUGUCCCUUUGGGCCGCUUAGUUUUACGGCAGGCUUCUGAUGACGUCAUCUCCUGGGACCGUUCUGGUUUUUUUUUUAUCUAAUAAGUUGAGAAUAAAAAAAAGUUUUUUUUUUUUUUUUUUUUGGUAAAGAAUAAAAAAAAGUUAGUUAAAGUAUUCCAUAGGGUUUGGUGAAAUCUCAGUGAUAGCAUCAUUAUACACUGUAUGUUUUAUUUUGUAUUACCCAAUUUUAUUAAUAAACCUUUACUUUACUA